CCCACCUUUAAGACGUGUAGGGACAUGACGUCACCCCAAGUUUCAUUCGCUUGAGAAAGAUGGCCGAUGACACAGUGUCAGUGGACAGCGGGUCCUGGUGGAUUUUAAGUUGGUUGCCCACAUGGUGCCCUACUUCCCUGUCACUUCUGAAGGACGCAGAGGAUAAGAUGCUGGAAUCUAUUACAAGCAAGUUUUCAAAGCACUAUAUUUUAAUAUCCAACGGAAACAGAAUAUGGACACUAUCAUUUAAUGGGAACAUAUCCAGUAAAACCCCUCUUGUGCUUAUUCAUGGAUUUGGAGGGGGAGUGGCCCUGUGGGCACUCAACGUUGAUGCCCUUUGUCAACAGCGAACUGUUUAUGUUUUUGACCUGCUGGGCUUUGGGAGAAGUAGUCGGCCACACUUCAGCAGCGAUUCAGAGGAGGCAGAAAACCAGUUUGUGGAAUCGGUAGAAGAAUGGAGGGCAAUGGUGGGUGUAGAGACAAUGAUUUUACUGGGACACAACCUGGGUGGAUAUUUGGCAGCUGCGUAUACACUGAGAUACCCGUCAAGAGUAAAGCAUCUUAUAUUAGUGGAACCCUGGGGAUUUCCUGAGAGACCAACCAACCCCGAUCAGGAGCAGCCUAUUCCAGUCUGGAUUAAAGCCGUUGGGGCAUUUCUGAGUCCAUUUAACCCACUAGCUGGUCUCAGAAUGGCUGGCCCUUUAGGCCCAAGUCUUGUUCAGCGAUUAAGACCUGACUUUAAAAGAAAAUACUCCACGUUGUUUGAAGACAAUACUGUGACAGAGUAUAUAUACCACUGUAACGCACAGACACCUAGCGGGGAAACUGCUUUCAAGAAUAUGACCAUUCCAUAUGGGUGGGCAAAGCGGCCCAUGCUGCAUAGGGUUGGCCUUAUUCAAGAAGACAUCCCUAUUACAGUCAUUUAUGGGGCACGCUCCUGUGUAGAUGGGAAUUCUGGGAAGGCAAUUAAACAACUAAGACCAAAUUCACACGUGGAGACAGUAGCAAUCCGAGGUGCUGGACAUUAUGUCUAUGCCGAUCAACCUGAAGAUUUCAAUCAAAAAGUCAUAGAGAUCUGUAACUCUGUGGAGUGAAAAGACUGAAUCUCUACUGAAACCUGCAGUAAUCACCACUUUAACGACUGAAUGAGAGCUAAACUCACCAGCAUUAAAUUAUUAAAAGGCAACCUUCAAAUCAUGCACAAAGGAAACCGAUUUCUCAGACAUAUUUUGAACACUUACCAAGGAUUUCAUGUAUACCCUCAAAACUGGAAAGUGCCUUUAUUGUACAGUGUUUUAAAUAAGAAUACUUUUAAUUAUGGAUUCUGUUUUUUUUUUUUUUUGGAUGUCUCCUAAAUUAAAAUAAGGAUAUGUCAUUUUAAAAUGUUGGUGUGGGCAAGUAGGCGGAUUUAAAAAUAAUUAUUAUUAAAAUUGUUCUGUUUUUUAGUCAGCAAGCUUCGCUAAAAUUGCUUCUGAUGAAUUUCUGUUCCUGCUCUACAUUCAGUAUAUUUCUUUAAAAUAAUAUGUUUGAGUUUCAUUGUCCCUUCAGCUAAAUCUGAUGUUAAAAAAUAAUUAUAUAUGCUAUUACUCCUGCAAUAAGAUAAUAAAUAAAUACGUGUUUAUAAUGUCCCCCUCUGGGGUUAUUUACACUGGACCAUAAUGAUCCUGUUUAAUAUUGUACAGUUAUAUAAUUUAAGGAAUUUUAAAUAACUUUUCUUGUUUGGUUGUUUUCAUCAAAUAUAAUGUCAUACAACAGCAUGUUGUCAAAUAUAGUACCAGUAAGAGUUAACUGUAUUUUAUAAAUUCAUUUUUGCACACAUAACAUGCUAGCAAAUUCUGCCGCUAAUCAAAGCAGUAUUUGUCAAUAGAUACAUGUGCCAAGCAUAUCCAUCAAUAAUUUUUCAUAGUAAUCAUAUGUUUGAAUUGUAUUUUUUGUUGUUGUUUUAUUCAUAAAUUAAACUGUGGUUUAUUCUGUAUUUGCAUGUUCUGUGUGAUGCAGUAGUAACACAUGCAUGUGUUAUGACGUGGUCAUCCUACCAAUAGAACAACGGGUCUGAAUGGGUUAAUAGUUCAGGCCUAUUUGCCAGGUAUUAUUGUAGCUCAAUUUUGUAACAAGUCAGAUAUUGCUGUUGCUUUUCGUUUGUGAAUUAGAAUCAAGGGGUUUAUCCUGCUGCAGUGUUUUUUUAAAUGGUAUACCAGUUAGCCUUUUAUCACAAUCUAAUUUGCAAUACGGUUACUCACCCUAAGGAGUUAAUUAUAAAACCAAGCACAAUUUUGACAGAAAAUUUAACCCAUACUUAUAUUGCAACCCUGCAGCCAGAGAAUUACAUUUAUAUUGCAUCCAGAACCAGACUGCCACAUUUAUGUGUGUAUGGGGAGCAUGGUAGGUAAGUGGGGCUUGCGAGAUAGAGAUUUACAAUACUUUUUUUAUUUUUUUUUUAUUUUAAACUCUCUUGCUCACUAAAAGUUUUUUAACUGGAAUUCGAAUGUCUGGAAGUAGUAUCCUUCUAACAUGUGGAACUUUUGUUAGAAUUGUAGGACUUGCAGAGUAUUCAAGAAUGAGGACAAAGAUAUACCUUGGCCAAUGUGGGUGCCAAGUAAUAUUGUUACUGUGUGAAGUAAGGGAAGCUGCAGAGGGAUUUGUAGUCAAACCUACAAAAAUGGCAGGGAUAUUAUAUUAAUUUGCAUCAUAUUUAAUUUACUUUUUUAUUAUGCUGUGAAGUGUGUUCUUUGUCAUUACUAUUGUUAUUUACCAAGCAUGCUAUUUUAUUCCAUUAAAAAUUUCCUCUUU